AUGGUGAGUGCGUUGAAUCCGGCGAUUGAGGCCGAGUGUCGGCAACUGGUGGCCGAUGCGGGCCUUCGGGCGCCCGUCGGCGGCAUAUUUUGUUUGCCUCCGACUCCGGAGUCUAAAACCGACGCCACUGUCCGCCAAUUGUGUCCACAAUUGCGGUAUUUUAUGUUUUUUUUGGCGGCCGACAGAGAAAUCAGUUCCGAGAGGCUCUGCGAACGGAGACGUGCGGACAGUUUGCCCGCUCUGGCCAUACAGUGGUCGGCGGCGGCCAACGAUCGGCGGCCGAUCCGCUCGUGUCUGGAGGUAUUGAAUCACUUCUUGCGCGCCACCGAUGAGACAGUGCUAAGCGUUACGCUGAAACCUCCGGAGCCAAUGGGAACCAUAGCCGCCGCCGAUGGCCAGACAUUGGCCGCUACGGCACCUGCCGGUAAUGAUAGGGAUGUGGUGUCGGUUAUCGCCGAUAUUUUAGGUGUUAAGGAUGUGUCCAAAAUGAACGCCUCGUCUAAACUGCCGGAUCUGGGAAUGGAUUCACUAAUGGUUGUGACCGUCAAACAGGCUCUGGAGGAACGGUUCUCAGUGUCUCUGGAGCUGAAACAACUCCAGACACUGACCAUCGAUGAGAUGGUGGCGAUUGUCCGCUCAUAACACUUAU